UUACAAAUCCCAACGGAAUAGUUCCGUAACAGGACCGUAUAAUCUCUCUAAUACUAAUCUAUAUAUCUAUAUAAUUGCUGGCAGAUGCAUUAAAAAAAUAUUUAAUAAAACCUCAAUCAUUUUCCCGCUUAAAUCCGUUACCUUUGACUUUUUUUUGUUUCUUUAUCAAAUUUCAUUAAUACAAAACCGUUACAAUUUU